AUGGCUUUCGCAAGUAUCGCGAGUGUGGUUAUGCCCGGGAAGUUCGAUCCCCACAAAGAUAAAUGGGAGAACUAUAGGGAGCAACUGUUCUUCGCGUUAGAAGCUGCGGGGACAUUGGAAAGCGUGCAGAAACGUGCCUUGUUUUUGUCUCAAUGUGGUAAAGAAGCAUUUGCCUUGAUAGUGUCGUUGUUGUCACCCAAAAAGACAAGUGAAGUGUCAUUUGAAGAAAUAGUUGAAGUUCUUAACAAGUUUUUUGUGCCGACGCCGCAUCCAAUUUUAGAAACAGAAAAAUUCUACAAGAGAAAACAAAAGCCUAAUGAGUCCAUAACAAGUUUUGUGGCUGCAUUACAUGAUAUUAGUUCUCGUUGUCAAUUUAAAGAUUUGGAGCGGAGAAUCGUAGAACAACUUAUUCUCGGAGCAAGGGAAGAAAAUUUAAAAAGGGAACUGUUAAAAAUUAAAAUGAAGAACAUGACAUAUGACGAAGUAAUACAACAGGCGCUUAAUUACGAAUCUAUUCAACAAAAUCAGUUUGAAGGGAAUAAUAUAUUGUGGAGAUCCCAUUGUGAUGUCGCCGAAGGUUCAAGUAAAGGCGAGCCGAUGGAGGUGAACGCAGUCGGUACCAAGACCAACUCAAGCACGAACAAUGUGAGAUGUGUGCACUGUGCUAAAAGUCACGAAGGCAAAAUAUGUAGGUUUCGGAACGCAACCUGCUACAAAUGUCAUAAAAAAGGACAUACGAAAGCAGCCUGUGAUCAAGUUGUAAACAAACAACAGAAAUCACGUGUGAAUGCAUGUUGUGACUGUCAGUCGUCAUCGUCUGAGAGUGAAAAAGCUAAUGAGGACAAUUUUGGCGUUCACGAAGUGAGUGGCGAAACGCGUGUGAAGCCGUUCAUGGUGGAAGUGACAAUUAAUGGCGUGCCACUAGUGAUGGAGGUGGACUCGGGCUCAGCGCGCUCCAUCCUGCCGCACAGCGUCUACAAACAACAUGAACGCGAGUUUCCUGAGCCGUUGCUACCAUUUAACAAGAAGUUGGUUACAUGGACUAACGAUGAGCUGAAAAUCAGAGGCGAAACUGUAGUUGAUGUGACAUAUAAACACAAGAGUAGUAAGCUGCCCCUAAUAGUCAGCUGCGGAAAGGGGCCAGCGUUACUAGGACGUGCUUGGUUUGAGGCGCUCGGUAUUUCAGUGCAAGGUAUUAAUUCGGUUGCUGAAGAGGAGGCGGAUUAUGAUAAGCGGUUCCCACAAUUAUUCAACAAUGAGUUAGACAAGUACAGUGGACCACCAGUACAUAUUGACUGUAAGGAGGGUGCAACUCCUGUGUUUCUGCGUUCACGACCAGUACCAUUUCCGCUGCGGGAAAAAGUGAAGGAAGAGUUGAAAAGGAUGAUGUCGGAUGGCAUCAUUACUCCUGUUAAGCAUUCACGGUGGGCUACACCUCUCAGGAUCGUUCCUAAACCAGAUGGAUCAUUGAGAUUGUGCGGAGAUUACAGGAGUACGGUGAAUGCAUCAUGUUUGACAGACAACUAUCCUCUGCCGACAGCGAAUGAAGCCUUUUUCUCAUUAGCCGGAGGUAAAAUAUUCACGAAGGUGGAUUUAAAACACGCAUAUAGCCAAUUGAAAGUCACUGAAAAGACAGCAGAGCUCCUUACAUUAAAUACACCAUUAGGAUUGAUGAAGAUGAAUCGCCUGGCUUAUGGUGUGAAUGCAGCACCUGGAAUAUUCCAACGUCUGAUGACCUCUUUACUAGCUGGAAUUGAUGGAGUAGCUUGCCUGCUCGACGAUGUGGUCAUUUGUGGUGGCACAUUGGAACAACACAAUCAGAGAGUGGAAUAUGUGCUACAACGGUUAGAUGAGGUUGGAUUAAAAUUAAACAAAUCCAAAUGUGUAUUUGCUGCUAAAAGAAUUACCUUUUUAGGGUAUGAAAUUGAUGAAGCAGGGAUACACCCAUCUAAAGAAAAAGUAAAAGAGAUUUCAGAAAAACCAGCACCCAAGAAUAAAAGAGAACUGAAAGCAUUUUUGGGGUUAUAUAAUUUUUAUGAACGAUUCUUGAAGGAAAAAACGGUUGUUUUAGAACCUUUAUACAAGCUCUUAAAGGAGAAGGUCGAGUGGCAUUGGAGCAGAGUUGAGCAGCAAGCCUUUGAUAUCGCUAAGGCUUUGCUUACUUGUGAUAUGACACUUGUGCACUAUAGUUUAGAAAGAGAAUUGUAUAUGGUAUGUGAUGCCAGUGAGACAGGGGUCGGUGCCGUUUUAGUGCACAAAUUGGAGGAUGGUACAGAAAGGCCUGUCUUCAUGAGCUCAAGAACUCUACAACCUCAUGAACGUCGGUAUGCCCAGAUUGAUAAAGAGGCCUUGGCAAUCAUGUUUGGGUUAAAGAAGUUCAGGCAGUAUUUAGUGGGUCGAAAAUUCGUUAUAUUUACCGACCACAAGCCUUUACUGGGCAUAUUUGGGCGGGAUAAACCAAUUCCGGAGCUGAUAUCACCCAGAAUGCUGAGAUGGGCGCUGGCAAUGAACACGUUCGAUUAUAAACUACAAUACCGCCCAGGAAAGCAGAUGGGAGAUGCUGACAGCUUGAGCAGAUGGCCUACUCCCUGUACAGAACCUGAGGAUGAAGAAGCAGAUGUUUUUCUAUUAGAACAGACUGACUCCCUAGGAGUAACAUCAAAGAAAAUCGCCAAAGAAACAGAUAAAGAUCAGAUUUUGAAGAAAGUUAAAAUGUAUUUGUUACAUGGAUGGCCGAAUACGGUAGAUACAACAGUAGUGCCGUUUCAAAGAAGGAAAGACUGUCUCUCGCUAAGUAAAGACUGUAUUUUGUGGUCUAAUAGAGUUGUCAUUCCAAAGAGUUUGCAGGGGCAUGUUCUUAAAAGGCUACACGAAGGACACAGUGGGAUAGUGCAAAUGAAAAUGAUAGCUCGAGCAUAUCUGUGGUACCCUUCUCUAGACACUGAUAUUGAGAGAUUAGCAGCUGAUUGUGAGGCAUGUCAAGCGAAUAGGAAUAACCCACCAGCUACUGAACACAGUUGGCCAAUAGUGACAAAACCAUGGUCAAGACUUCACGUGGACUUCAUGGGUCCAUUCAUGGGCAAGACAUUUUUUGUGCUAGUAGAUGGUUAUAGCAAGUGGCCUGUAGUGAAAAUGAUGACAUCUAUGUCAAGCAAAGCUGUAAUUGAAGUUCUUAGGGAAAUAUUUGCUGAUUAUGGGUUACCUGACACCAUUGUAUCAGAUAAUGGCCUAGCAUUUACUUCUACUGAAUUUAAGGAAUUUAUGCAAACUAAUUUUAUAAGACACAUUACUGGAGCACCAUAUCAUCCAUCCACUAAUGGUCAAGCCGAACGGACGAUACAGACCAUUAAAUUAAAGCUGAAGAAACAAUCUGAUAUGCCUUGGUCAGAGCGAGUAGCGAAAAUGCUAUUUCAUAUGCGAACUGCACCGAGCACAGUGACAGGUAAGACUCCGGCUGAAAUGCUAAAUGGGCGGAAGUUCCGAACAGCUGUCACAGCACUUCAUCCGGAAUUGGAUACAAGUAAUAAGGACACAGAUUUAGACAAGAGGAAUGAUCGAACAGCUGAGAGGGAAGGAGAUGAGGUGAAAAAGAAAAGUUUUAAAGUUGGUGAUCAUGUGUUAUUCAGACUGUACAAUAUGAACAGGAAGUGGCAACGUGGGUUGAUAACAGCUGAGCUCGCCCCAGCCUUGUAUGAGGUGAGCACUGACAACGAUAUGAAAUAUCGCCGCCACAUUGACCAGCUUCUCAAGACCAGACCUCCUGCAGAGGCUGAAGGCAGUUGUCAGGAUUAUGAUCAAGAAGAGAUUAUCAUACCACCACCAGAAGAAUGGGCAGAGAUAAUUGGUGUUUAA